AUGCUGGCUGGGCGAGCCCUCGCCUUCCUCUCCCUGACCUGGAGCGCUUACCAGAGCCUGGCCGUCCCCAGGGUCGCGGAAUGUGGCCUCUCCUGUUCCCAGGGCUUCACCUGCAAGAGCCGCAUAAACCGAAACAUUUUCAACAGCUUCUGCCGGGAGCCCCCCACGUCCAUGUCCGGGUCCGUCCUGGAGGCCCUGACCCUCUCCACUGCCAUGAAGUGUGCCCCCUCCGACGGCUGCUCCCUGCUUCUGCACGUCAAUGCCUCUCUCACACUGCGCGAGGGCCUGCGGGGCCUGGAGGCCUGCUCCAUGAGCCUGGACACCCAGGAGACACAGUGCCAGAGCGUGCGGGUCCCCAGGGCCUCCCGCCGGCUGCAGGUGGGGCAGCAGCUCCAGGUGCACUUUGACUGCUUUGAGGUGAGCGUGGCCCAGAGCCUCUACGUCACCCUGAGGACUGUCCCCCACUUCUGCGGGGUCCAGCUGGGCCAGCGGUACCAUGUGGAAGACUGCGCAGACGAGGACGUGGCGAGGAACGUGCCCGACUGCUUUGCUGGGAAGCUCUCCUACUGGGUGGACCGCAGCCGCAAGGUCGUUCUGGUACAGGUGCCAGAGUCAGGGGGCCCCGACUACUACGUGCGGCUCUGCCUCAAGUGGUUCACCUGCGAGGACGUGGGCGCCCCGGUGCGAGUGACAGCGAACAGGGUCUCCCAGAGGGUCUCUCUGCCCUACAAGCAAGAGUUGUCGUGCCUGUGCCUUGAGGGCUGGCCUGCGACGCCUGACGCCGUGCGGAUCCAGACCUGCCCCUUCAAAGAUGACACGGAGACCCUGUGGGACGCCGUCCACUACCACCCGGGGAGCCAGGCGCUGAGCUGGGAGCCUGCCUGUCCCAUGAGCGGCCGUGUGAGUCUGUGCUGGCGCCCAGGCCCAGGGCCCCAGUGCCUGGAGCUGGAGCACUCCGGCCGGCCCGCACACAGCAGGGUGCAGUACCCUCUCGUGGACACCCAGCCGCAGCUCUGCCUGAAGUUCUCCACGAGCCUGGGCUUCCCGGUGAGGUGCCCUUUUGAGCAGCCGCGCUUCCCAGCCUGGAAGAUGACCGUCCAGCUGGCACCCACUCCGGGCCACCUCCGGGUGGCCUUCUUCUCGCCCAGCCCUGCCCGCUUCCAGGUGUGCCUGUGUCACCGAGGGAAGACGUGGCCCCCCGCGUGCCGCCGAGUGCUCCAGGCCACCCCCACCCCUGCGGUGAGCUGGGGCGACCCCACAGAGGACCCUGCAGUGGCCUUUGUGGACAUUCCCGGGGACCAGGCCUGUGCACCCGGCACCUGCAUCCAGGGCAGGAGGACCGACGUCCAGUUCUCCGCCCCGCAGCAGCUGUGCGACCUCCAGUGCGGUGAGCGCCGGGGCCAGGCCUCAGCCAGAGGGGGCAGGGAGGACAGGCCCUCGGGGGCUGCAAGAGGCCCAGGGCUGGACCCCAGACUGGCCCCUGGCAGCCUCGUCUCCCAUGUCGGAGUGGGCGCACUGGGGCUUGGCGGGGGACAGAGGGGCCACCCGCCUCGGAGUCAGGCCAGGCCAGCCCGGCCCCGCCCUGACUUGGGCGGUCAAGGCCCCCCCAGGGCCUCCAAGCGCCCAGCCGGGUCCCGCCGUGUCAGCUGCCACCCAGGGGACAGCAGCCUAAGGCCAGGUGUCUCACCAAGAAGAAGCAAGUUCCAGGGCCUGAUUGCUGGGAUGUGCUCUUCAGAGGCCUGCGGCUCCCGGGGACCCUUGGGCCAUGCCGGGGCUUCCAGUCAAAGGACCUUCAGCCCCUCUGAACCCCCUGAGUGGGGGCCAAGAGAACGGCUGGGUGGGAUGCGCCCUUCCCCGGAUGGCCCAGCCCCUGACCUGCCCCGUCGCAGCGUGGUCCCGGUUCCCUCUGGACAGCUGGGGGCAACGGCCUGCAUCCCUGGUCCUGAGGACGAGGUUCUCUGGAGUGCAGAGUGUGCCCGCACCCCUUCUGUAGUUGGCCAGGCCAGGGGUCACCCAGCAGUUGGCCGGCUGGGUCUGCCCUCCCAGGACCUUCCUGCCGGCUCACAAGGACCACCGGGCCACGCCUCCCGAGCUGUGUCUGGAGUCACCUCCACGAGACCACGGUGCAUCCAGGCCCCGCCCUGGAUGUCAGCUGCGCUGCAUCUGCAAAUGCACCCCUACCCCCAGGCCCUGGCUGGGCUGUCCCUCCUUCAGCCGGACACAGGCCACCGGGCCUUCUCCUCAUCCCUCCCUCAACGGGGCCUGCUGCCCCCAGCCGACUAG